UUCUAAUAAAAUACAAAACCGGUACCAUGCAUUUUCCUGUGUAUUGAUUGUACGAACGACCUGCCCACAAAUUCACAAUCUAUUCCAAAAUACAUGUGCCAUAAUGCCACCAACCUUCAUUUAAUAGAAUAUAGACGGGGAAAAUCUCAAAUCCACAUGGCUUUGGACUAUGGAAGAAAAAUUAAAUUGUACGUGGACCCGGACGGGGAGAUUCGGCGUCUCACGUUAAGCUCUACAGCAAACUUUGAAAUUCUCCGAAACCGCAUCUGUCUGCUGCUAAACAGAGAAAACUUUCGGGUAUUCUGGAAAGAUUCUGAGGGAGACCUUAUUGUUUGCUGUUCGGAGGAUGAAUUCGUUGAAGCUUGUGCGUCUUGCCCGCCGCACGACCUUUUACGCAUCUAUAUUAGGAAUAAACCGGCAGAAACAAAUGCUAACCGUGGUACAAGUGCCUCCAUAUACCUACAUGACGCAGUUUGUGACGCGUGUAAUAAGGAGAUUUCCGGCAAUCGUUGGAAAUGCUUGGAAUGCGCGGAUUAUUAUUUGUGUUUAGCAUGUUAUCACUCAGGAAUUCACAGCAUGCAUGAUGUGCUGCUUAUUUGCAAUCCGGAAACUAAAGGUUUGAAGAGAUUGCUUGCAAAGCGUUAUGAUGCAAGUGCUCCGACGAAAGGUCACUGCGAUAGGAACAAUGGUUCAGUGGGCAGAAAUAUGCAAAGACUUCCACCCGAGAAGGGAGUUAACGGGGACAUCCCAUUAUUUUCGCAUGGUUCAGGGUACGGGGGUUAUUUCCCACCGCAUCUUAGAAUUUUAUUAGAUACUCUCAAGAGAGUUGAACGGGACAGCAUGGACUCUAAUUUACGACAAAAUUCUGAGAUUGUUUCGGAUGUUUCAAAUGAUAUUAUGUUAGAUGAUUUAAAUCGUCUAACUAUGAUGAAAGGAUUGAGUGGAAUGUCACAAGACGAACUUAUGGCUUCAGCAACCUUGGAGAAUGGAUGGAUGGAGCUACAGCCUGAGUCUGCAGAAACUGAUGAAAUAUCCUUCGUAACCACCGGCACAUAAGCAUUUUCAUGCAACUGCGACGUAGAUCCCAAGGUUAUGCAAUGCGGUGUCGUUUUUUGGUACGAAUAUUUGUAGAAAAGUACAAAUAUAUACGUAAAGUAUUAACAUACAAUACGAUAUUAUGCUGUUUGUGAACUGGACGACUGUAUGGAGUUUAGGUUUUUUCGUUUUCUGAGAAUACAUAUGCGUUUAAUUUAUCGGGAGUAAAGUUUGUCCCUACUUGG